AUGGAGGCCAACUCUCCUGCACACCAUUUGACUUCAGCUGCGUCGCUUGAGUCACUCAAUUCAGCGACUAGUCAGGCUGAGAACAAUGUGCGCACUCUCUUCGUCUCUGGACUUCCAAUGGACGCAAAACCCCGCGAGCUGUACUUAUUAUUUCGCAGCUAUCCUGGCUAUGAAAGCUCUUUACUUAAAAUGACGGCAAAGAAUGGAAAAUCAACAUCUCCAGUCGGCUUUGUCACUUUUGCCACGAGACAAGACGCUGAUGAGGCAAGGAAAGCGCUACAAGGUGUUCGCUUCGAUCCGGAAUGCGCGCAAACGAUCCGUCUGGAGUUGGCCCGAAGUAACACCAAGGUACCACGACCGAAACAAGCAACUCCACCCACAUCACAAAUGGGAAUGCUACCGGUUGUCGGCUUGCAAAGCCUACCACAAUAUGCGAAUGCUGGACACGAGCUUCUUGUUGAUAGCAAUCAUUUACUUUUCGAGCAACAACAGCUUCUCGCACUCACCGUUCCUCAACUAGCCGCCUCGCAACAUUUGCAAAUGUUACCAACGAGCACUUUACAGCAAUUAGCUGCCACACAGCCACUUUUGGCGGCAACGAUAGCCGCUCAACAGCAGCAACAAGCGCAAGCUCAAUUCGCUCAACAUGCUCAAUUCGCUCAGCUACAAGCUGCUCAAAAUGCUGCUGCACAGGCAGCGAUGAUCUCCUCGGGUGCUUCCACCUCGUCAGCUCCUCCGUGUUCCACCCUUUUUGUCGCUAAUUUAAGUGCAGCUGUCAGUGAGGAGGAAUUGAGAUCGUUGUUUAAAGCCUUCAGUGGAAUGGUUCGAUUGCGCUUGCAUGCGAAAGGCGGCUCUGCAGUCGCCUUUGUCGAAUACAAUGACAUUCGCGCUGCCACUCAAGCAAUGAUGCAUCUCAAUGGUGUCACCGUUCCAUCGAACGACCGCGGCGGUAUGCGAAUCGAGUACGCGCGGAACAAGAUGGCCGACUUGAGU